CCUUCCUUCAGAUGAAUCUGUGCUGGUUAACUGAAUCAGUCAUGGAGCUGCUGCUGCCGAUCCUUCUUGGCUUCCUUGCUUGUCUGGUCGGAGGGCUGUACCUUCUCAGAGUGUUCAGACAGCGGCGACCAGGAGAACCCCCCCUUGAUAAAGGGCUCAUUCCUUGGUUGGGUCAUGUCUUAGAGUUUCGCAGGAACACCUUGAAGUUCCUAGAGAGAAUGGAGAAGAAGCACGGUGAUAUAUUUACAGUACAGCUGGGAGGGUUUUAUAUUACAUUUCUCCAGGACCCUUUUUCAUUUGGGGGAUUCGUUAAGGAGAGUCGGGAGAAACUGGACGCUCGAAAGGUUGCUCUGCAUCUGGCGCACAGAGUGUUUGGAUAUAAAGCUGUUGAAGGGGAGCGUAGGAUUCUCCGCAUUUCCAGCAACAAGCAUCUGAAGGGGGAAGGUCUGCAAGAAGUCACCCAAGCUUUUAUGAGUAAUUUACAAAACAUGAUGUUGCACAACAUUGGAUCAGCUGCAGAGGACAGGACCUGGAAAGAAGAUGGACUGUUCAGGUACAGCUACAAUGUUGUUUUCAGAGCUGGAUAUUUGGCCUUGUUUGGCAAUGUGCCACCCAAGUCUGAACAAAGUGAGGAGAAAGCCAAAGAGAAAGACAGAGCUGAAUCAGAAGCUUUGUUUCAUGAGUUUCGUAAAUAUGACCAGCUCUUCCCCAGACUGGCGUAUGGGGUCCUCCCACCGAUGGAAAAGUUGGCUGCAGAGAGGUUGAAGACAUACUUCUGGGAUGUUCUGUCAAUCCUGAAAAUGAAAACCAAGGACAAUAUCAGUGGCUGGGUGUGGGACAUACAGCAGGGUAAAGAGGAGAUGGGUAUCGAUAUGUCAAUGAUAAACAGAUACAUGUUAGUGCUUCUUUGGGCCUCUCAGAGCAACAUAGGGCCUUCUUCAUUCUGGCUGCUCCUCUUCCUCAUGAAACACCCAGAAGCCAUGAAAGCAGUGAAGGAAGAGGUGGAUAAAGUUCUGAAAGAAUCUGGACAGGAGGUCCGGCCUGGUGGUCCUAUGGUCAACUUGACCCCUGAAAUGCUGUUGAAAACACCGAUCCUGGACAGUGCUGUCGAAGAGAACCUCCGACUCACUGCUGCACCCCUCCUCACCCGGGCAGUGAUAAAGGACAUGACCUUCAAGAUGGCUGAUGGGCGUGAAUAUUUACUUCGCAAGGGUGACAGAAUUGCAAUCUUUCCUUUCAGUUCUGUCCACCAUGACCCAGAGAUCCAUCCUGAGCCGCACUCAUUCAAAUAUGACCGCUUCCUGAAUCCAGACGGGACCAAGAAAACUGAUUUUUACAAAGCGGGAAAGAAGGUAAAAUAUUACACCAUGCCCUGGGGAUCCGGGGUCUCCAUGUGCCCUGGCCGUUUCUUUGCCACCAGUGAGCUGAAACAGUUUGUUUUCCUCAUGUUGGUCUAUUUUGAACUUGAGCUGAUGAAUCCUGAUGAGAAGAUUCCUGAAACUGACGUCAGUCGAUACGGUUUUGGAACAAUGCAACCUGUCAGAGAUGUCCAGUUCAGAUACAGACUCAGAUAUUAAGCCAAUCAGAUAAAAAGAAAACUCUUAUCUUCAAACACCUUUUUUUGUAUAAUUCUUUUGAUGAUACAUGGAGACUUAUAAAAUGAAGCAUGGGAACACAUGUAUUGCAGAUUUUCUGGUACAUUUUCCAUAUGCAAAUUAAGUAGAAUUUUUCUAAAAAUCAGUGCCAGCCAUUCAUCUCCUUCGGCUUAUCCAGUCCAGGAUUGCAGUGGGAUUGGAGCCUUUUCCAACUGCUAUAGGGCAAGAGGCUGGAUACACAAUGGAGAGAAAACAGAUUUGUUUUUUUGUUCUUAAAAUUUCUGAUUUUUUAAUUUUUUGUGAUUCUGCUUCUGCACACUUUGUUACUCUGUGAAUAAAUGAGGCUUUAAUUGGAAUAAGUCUACAUGUGUAUUACAUUUGUACUGGUCUCAUUACAUAUGUACAUCCGUUCAUCUACUCUGGUUUGUUGAGGUUAGCAGAGAGUUUCAUAUGGAGUUCUCUGGUGGGAAGCCUCCAGAACUGACCUCAGCACACUUGUUAUUCAUAGUAUAUUUGGUUUUCUUUUAUUUGAUUGGUUAUAUUUGUUAUUUCUAGGGUUUUGUAUCUUCUUCAGUUUUACCCAUUGCCAUGUAGAAACACAUCUAUCUGCAAGCCACAUGGUCUGUUUUGUCAUUUGCAUUAUCUGUAACUGAACUAACUCCUCCCAGGUGCCAGCUUCUUUAUUUUGAUAGUGCAGCAGUCAAAAGUAUAUAGAAAAGAGGGGAGUGAGAACAGGGAAAGACACACAGCAAAGGGCCACCAUUGAGCUGUAUAGAAUACGGUCACCUGCUAAGCCAGUGGGGUUUAAUCUUGGAAUUCAAAACAAUAAAGUCAUGACCCAAACAUU